ACUUCCAGCGGACCAAUUGAAAGUGAUAAAAGUGUAGUUAGGUACUGCAGUCACUAGGCGAUGAUCAGAAGUCGGUUUCCGAUCAAGAAUCCCGUCGAGUUCGAUGCCCGACCGCGGCAGUAGACGUUCAACGCGCAAUCAUAUCGGAGUAUUCAUAGCUUCUUAGCUGGAAAGAUAGAAACGCUGGGUGAUAGAAAAUCUAUUCACAACAAUUGUGAUUCGUCGUGUGAAAAUCUCAGAUAAUUUAUUAACUUGAUGAACAAUUGAAUUCGCAGAUUCAAGAAAGCAUAGAAAUCAAUUGACUCCGUUUCGUAUUUGUACGUAGUGCUGAUAGCAAUCAUUGCCCCAAAAGUGGUUUAGCCAGUUCUCGACUGAUCUUGUUUCUGGGGAGCCGCUUAUUACAGCAGCUGUGGAAGGUUCUCGAGAAGACGAGCCUCCGCAGAAAUUACGACGGCUGAUUAACCUGGAGCAGUGUUUUCUUUUUAUGUGAUGGUUAAAACAAGAGGAGUGAAGUGCGGAACAAGUGCAAACCGGCAUGCGUAUAACUUUCACACGUAACUAUCGUUCCGCGAAUCGCAUACUGAUGAAUGCUAGAUGUUUACAAUAAAAGCAGGUUUUCAAGAUCAAGACUAGUCGUUCAACCGUAUCAAAGUUUGGUGCCAUUUAAAUCUACUUCUCAUCCAUGCUUAACAGCAGUGAAAAGAUGCCUUCGUCAGAGUUUCAAAGAGGGGGCAUUCCCAAGCGCCUAAUAGUUGCCGUGAUGAUCUUCAUUGCAUGUGCCACGUCGUUCAUGUUGCGUGUUAACAUGUCUAUCAACCUGCUGGCGAUGGUUCAACCCAAGAUGAACUCGACGGUGAUGGAUAGUAUGACAAACAUCACCACACCCAACGCCAAUGAAUCGUUUGUCUCUAUCGUGAUUACAGCUAAUUUGACAGAACCAAUUUUACCAAGCAAUAUCACGAGCCAAACAACCAAACAGCCAGAGGUUCAAAAUUAUGGACCGCGCUAUAAAUGGGAUCAGGGUACUCAAGCACGAAUUUUAGGAGCAUAUUUCUACGGAUUUAUGGUCACAUCACUUCCAGCCGGUUUAAUGGCGGAACGGUACGGGCCCAAGUUAGUGGUCGCAUUGUCCUUCGUGGUGAGCGCCAUUGCAACCGCCGCAACACCGGCACUAGCGGAAGUCGGUCCUUGGUAUGUAAUCGCAUCCAGAGCCAUUGUUGGAGUCGUGGCAGGACUCGUAUAUCCAGCUUUGCAAAACCUAAUCUCUCGAUGGAUUCCACCAAACGAACGCGGUAAAGUAAUAGCGUGCAUUUCCGGCGGAAGUACUUUUGGAACUGUCAUCACCUGGCCAAUAUCUGGCAUACUGACCGAGCAAUUCGGCUGGAAUUACGCCUUCUACUUCCCGUCAAUAUUUCUGUUAAUAAUUGCAGUCAUAUGGUUUUUAUUGAUUGAAAACUCGCCAGAUCAACACAGUUCUAUCACUGCUGAAGAGAAAAAGAUAAUAGACGACGCUCUUGGAAACACAAUAUCAAAAUCAAAAUCCUGGCCACCAUUCGGAAAAGUUUUUACUUCUCUGCCAUUCCUGGCGCUUAUGCUGUUACACUACGGCUGCAUCUGGGGAAUGAGUUUCUUUAUAACGCAAGCUCCUAAAUUUAUGAACGAAGUACUCGGCUUCAAGCUAGCAAACGCCGGAUUCCUUUCCAGCAUGCCAUAUUUAGCGAGAAUGUUCUCCGGGUUCUUCUUCGGGUACAUCGGUGAUGUCAUCCUACAGAAGGAAGUUAUGAGCAGAACGGCCAUGAGGAAAACAUUUUGUAUCUUCUCUCAUUUCCUACCGGGAGUACUUUUGGCUGUUCUUCCGUUCAUUGCUCAGGAUCCACUCGUCUGUGUAGGAUGCAUCGUACUGUGUUUGGGUUUCAAUGGAUCUGCUACGAUAACCAAUUUGGUGAACGCGCAGGACCUCGCGCCUAACUUUGCCGCCUCGCUUUACGGAUUUCUAAGUUUUCUAGGCACCACGGCAGGUUUCAUAGCGCCCAUGCUGGUAGCGUACUGUACUGCGGAAAAUAAUACAAUGGACGAAUGGACAAUUGUUUUUCUGAUUAGCGCAAUAAUCUUUAUCGGAAGCGGCAUUAUUUUCAUUAUAUUCGGAUCUGGCCAAGUUCAGCCCUGGAACGAUAUCAAAGCGAAAACCGGACGUUCGACGAACGGCCGGACUCCGAAUGAAAACGGAAACUGUGUAGAACCCGGUGAAAUGACAGAAUUGGUGAACCGAAAUACAUAAUUACGCUCAAUACGAAAGUCGUUGAACGUUGUAGCAAUUCAAAAAAUAUAUCCUGAUAGUACUACUUAGCCUAGAAUACGAUUUAAGGUUUAGCAAGUUGU